AUGUCGACCAUUGAGGCGCAGCUUUCCGACAGCGGUCUUCAGCUGGGCGGCCACUUUAAGCCCAAGAACUGCCUGCCUCAGGACAAGGUGGCCAUCGUGGUGCCGUAUCGCGACCGAGAGGAGCACCUGCGUCCCUUUCUGCAGCACCUUCACCCGGUGUUGAUGCGCCAAGGGAUCGAGUAUCAGAUCUUCCUCGUGGAGCAGGCCGGCAGCGAGCCCUUCAACCGCGGCACACUGAGCAACGUUGGCUUCCUCGAGGCGGGCAAGCUCUUCGCCGACUUUGGCUGCAUCAUCGUCCACGACAUUGACCUGCUGCCGGAGGAUGAUCGCAACCUCUACCGCUGCCCGGAGCCGCUCAAGCCGCGACACAUGUCCGCCUCGAUUGAUUCGCACAACUACACUCUAUUCUACGAAACCCUUUUCGGCGGCGUCAGCGCCCUGACUCGAGAGCAAUUCGAAACCGUCAACGGCUUCUCUAACGUGUACUGGGGCUGGGGCGCCGAGGAUGAUGAUCUGUCAUUUCGUCUUAGUGUGUACAACUACAGCAUUGCUCGCUACGAUCUGCAGAUUGCCCGCUACACCAUGCUGAAGCACAAGAAGGCAGAGCCCAGUCCUGAUCG